GCUGCGGGAGCCGGCUCUCUCCAUUCGCUCACCGGCCGCCGCGAUGGUGGCGGUGGCGCGGCAGCAGCGGACCGAGGCCGGGCACGCUGUGGCGACAGCCGGCGUCGCUGGCGCCCUGAAAAGCUCGCAUUCGAAGCGCAGGCCGGAGGGAUGCUUGAAGCCGACGGGACGCGACGAAGGAGCGGGGAAAAGGGACGGCGGCUGUGGAGACGAGAAAGUGAGUGACCGGCCGACAGGUUGCUUCGCGGGGGUCGGCUAACGGCUUCGCGCGGUUUUCCCAUACUUGCGCGCCCGCCUGCGGCUUCUCUCUCUCUGGCCCUCCGCGGGUCUCCUGCUGGCCCCUCAGCCCGAGCGAAACCUCGCACUCGAGGGGUGACCCGUUGAAAUCAACGGCGAGGUCGCUCACGACUAGCUAGCCUCCGUUGUUUUCAGCGGGUCGACGUUUGCACUUCUGGAUCCGUCUGGCCCCGAGUCCCGUUUCUAAUAGCCGAGGGCAAGAAGGGCUUGAGGGAAAACCACCCAAGCCCUCUUCACGUUUCUUGUUGCUCAGCAACGGGGUAAUGCGCCUGCAAACUGCUCCUGAACCUGGAGGUUCCAUUUUACCGCCCGGGCUAAAAGCCGUUGACGCGAAUCCCAUGGCCACGAAUUUCGCAGCGACCUUUUAUAUACAGUGGUACCUCGCGUUACAUACGCUUCAGGUUACAUACGCUUCAGGUUACAGACUCCGCUAACCCAGAAAUAGUACCUCGGGUUAAGAACUUUGCUUCAGGAUGAGAACAGAAAUUGCGCAGUGGCGGCAGCGCGAUUCCCCAUUAGCUAAAGUGGUGCUUCAGGUUCAGAACAGUUUCAGGUUAACUACGGACCUCCGGAACGAAUUAAGUACUUAACCCGAGGUACCACUGUAAAAGGGUGCUGCGAAAUUCGUGACCACUAACAUAGACGGCACCCUUUUAUAUAUAAAAGGGUGCCGUCUAUGUUAGUGGUUACUUGUAUGCCCUGCUGCGGAACCGAAUUGGGCACAUUUAACUUUGCGCCGGCCGUCGGUGUGAGAGUGGUUUUUCCCCCUCCCGGGUGGAUCUGGACCCUGUUCAUUUCCCUAAUCCCCGCGAAGCCCUCUUGUUUCUCAACAUCGCUGAGGUUAUAAAGUAAAUCCUGUUACUGUCACUUCGGUUUUGUUUGGUGGUGUUAAGAUUUGGUGGUGGCAAGAUUUUGGUUCUUGCUCCAACUCUUGAUAGUGGUGAGGAAAAUGUUCAACGUGCGCAGCAGGUUUUGGAUUUCGUGUCUCUUAACAGUGGUAGGGCUGGGAAUGAAGGAAGAAUAAAGGACGGUGCUUCUGUAUUAUUGUGGGAGUUCGUAGUUACAAGUUGUGGAACUUAAGCCUAGUCAUCUGUCUCUAGAAAGCAGAAAUGCAGUUCUGAAAUUGAGAGUUGGAACCUGUUUGUUUGUGUGUGUAUAUGUAUGUGUGUGGUUGGUUGGUUGGUUGGUUGGUUGGUUUGUCUGUCUAUUUGAAGUGAGAGUAGUUAGUCCAGUUUGCAUCUUGGGUCCUUUUCAAUCGUAUCAAUUAAAAAACACCCUUCUAUGUACCCAUGUUAUUAAAUCUAGAAUAAAUGCCUUGCCUUUGGUUCUGAGCACGCACACCAUGCCCUCAGUUCACUCAAAUUAAAACCUACAUGUUGCCCAUACAUAUCUGUUGAAAUUAGUGGGAAGAAUUACCCAUUUACCUUGAUAAAUAUAUUUAAGGUGAUUAAAUUAUUUUAAGGGCUAACUUAACUGGUGAUGUGUUAUUUACACAGUGCAUCCCCCAUUUGUUUCUUGUUUUAUUGCUGAAAUGCUCCCACUACUGUUUGGAGGAGUAUGUAGGGCCAUCACAAUUUACUGAAAAUUAAGUUCAGUGUAAGAGGUUGAAGAUCGCAGCCUGAUUUGCUGUAAUGCUGUCCCCUCUGGUAACACUUUGAAAAUGAUUAUUGUGAGCAUUCAGAUACUUGCUGAAGUUCAUAAGGUAAAAGUGAUCACUAGGUGAGCCUAUUCCUUACUAUGAUAGUUUAUUCUCUCAUAUCCAGCUAGUUACUUUACCUGUGUAAAGCAUUUUCAGAAAUUUGUUGCUGAUUGAUAUUGUUUUUACUUUUUUAAAAAAAUUCUGCUUUAUUGGGUUUUCUAAAAUUACAAUGAAGAAGUGCAAAGUUCCCACUCUGUCCUUGUUCAUAAAGGUAAAUCAAAUAGCUAAAACAGAGUAAGUGCAUGACUUAAAUGAACCCUGAACAUGUUAAGAAGAAAAUCCUUUUUAACAAUCUGUGGGGUUUCUGAAGUUAGUUUGAUUGAGUUUUAGAUCUUUUUGGAAACUUUUACUUUAAACUAGCAUUGUGUUGUGGUCUGUGUUUGUUUGCAUAAUGGACAAAUAUAGUCUCAAAAGGUUAAAAAACAACUAUAUUAUGACAGUUUGGUUUGAUUCAUUGUUGAUGUAGUGUUUAACUUGCCAUAGAGUUAAGUAACUUCCAAUCCAGAUUUUUUUUAAAAAAGAAUAUCUUUCCAUGAAAGGAAGUAUUGAAAAUCCUUUCCAAGAAACGAAAAUCUUCCCAAAUAAUUGGUUGAAAAGGUAACUUUAAGCAACAUAUCUCUGCUUGGUUUUGGUUUUCAUAACUUGCAUAUUUUAAUUGUAAUAUUUCAAAACGGUCCAGCUACUCCUGAAAGUAAGGGAUGGGGGGUAAUUAGUGUAGCAAAUGGAGGAAUAAUAUUUACCAUAAUAUACCCUUGGUUCAAAUAUUCUGUAGAAAAUGUUAUAAAGUUAACAGACACAAAAUACACCAGUUUUGUUACUAGCAUUUUCAAGUGCUAAUAUUUGGAUGUUUUAUCUUGCCGCCCAGAAAAGAAUUAAAGUACAUAAAUGAGAUUACGUUUAAGAAUUCUACACUUUUAUAGAAUGCCUAGCUUUUAAACUUAGGGUGAUAUCAUAAGGGAAUCUUGUUGUGUCUACAUGCUAUACCUUUAAAUCACAUUCAAAACACUUUUCCCCCCUCAGAGUUCUAGGUAUUGUAGUUUGUUAAUGGUUGCUUGGAAUUGUAACUCUGUGAGGGGUAAACUACAGUGCUGAGAAUUCUUUUGAGGGGGAAAAUGCAUUGUAAGUGUGUAGGAAGGUUAAUAUUAAACUUCUGAAAAGUUAUUAGGGGCAAAACAUAGAAUAUGUCAACUGUCCUUAAUUGCAGCAAAGUGAACACCACAUCAAACUAGAUUAAUAGAUUUGCAAAAUGCAGCACAAGCAAUUGAAUAUGUUGUGUAGAUAAUAAGGCAGACUUACUCACUUCUGCAUGGCUUUCAGAAACAUGAUUCUCUUUACUAGGAGAUAUGCCAAAAAUAGAAUUAGUUUCUAUUUUCAAGCUACAUGGAUAUGACUAUAUUUAUACAUGAUCUAUGAAACGUGUAUCCUGUUUUUAAAUCUGAUUUUGAUUAGAUUGUAUAUUAUAGGGAGUAUUUUUAUAUAUUCUACUGUAUUAACUAGCCAUUAUAAUCCUGUAGCAUGUGGUGGAGGAGUGGUACUUAUGAGUUCUCAUCUUCAGCAUUGUUGUGGCUUAUUGAGAAGAGAGCUGAGGUUGGUAUUGAGCACAUGCACCAGCAGGAACGCUGGAUGAACUCCACUGGUGCAUUUGCACCAUAUUACCACCUUGUUCCUCUCCUCCCAGUAAGCUGCAGACUGGAGGUCAGGACAGUGCUGCCACAUCAGCAGCUGCUACUGUGGUAACUCAGUGUGAGGAAAUAAUUGAGCAAAAGCAUAACAGACAUGUCAAAAAUAUAAAAAAGAUGGACACUGUGAUUGGCAGUUCUUAAAGAGAAAUCAGAAUUUUGUUUGCUCUAGCAGGUCUGGCAAGAUCGGUACAUAGGCAAUGGUUUAGUAUUGUGCCAUGCAAUAUGGUGUAACUAGUCUGUCUUUUUUAUUCUGUAUUGAAAUGCAUAUUCUUCCUAGAAAUAUAAAAAAUAAACUAAGCUUGAUUUCAGAAAUUCGUUACUGUAAAAAAUAUUUCUGUAUGUUUAAUAUUCAGGGAAGGAAACAACUCUUCUUUAAGUGACAACUGUUCUGGGAUGCCUUGUGCCCAAUGUUAAUUGCACAGUUCAUAGCCCUCUAAACAUAAGGGUACAUUUUAGGAGGAACUCCCAAACAAACCUUCUUUGUCACAGAUUAUACUUUUUUUAUUAGUAGUUUCUCAGUACAGUGUGCUAAAUCUGACCUUUUAGUAUCAAAUAUCAACAUGCUUACACGUGACUUUAAUCUGCAUACUCUCAAUGAUGGUUUUGAAUCAGAGUUUAGGAAGAUAGCAUGCCAAGAAAACUGCAGUGUCCUGGAGGGUGAGAAUUAGGGUUUGGCUGGGUGCAUGCUGAGAAGCUGAAAAUUUCCGGAAUUCUCUCUUUGCCUGUAUGCUAUUAGCUAUUGAAUGUUCAGGGUUGGGGCUAGAAGCCCUGUAGCACUAUGCAGCAGAGCAAGAGUUUGGGGGAGACAUGAGUUCCAUUUAUUUCUUUAGCACAUCUGAAGAUCUCCCCCCACCCCAUCCUGCCAGCCUGAAUAGACAUCAGAUUGGCCAUUCUGGAAACAGAAUGAUAGACUCCUGGACUGGUACUGUGAAAUGAUCCAACAAGGUUCUUCAUGUUUUCUUGAUCUUAGUUUUUUUGGAAUGCUCAUUGAUAGUAUGCAUCCCACAAAUAAUCUCUGGGCCACCACAAAUCAUACACCCACACCUCCAGAAAAACUUUAUCUAUAAGAUGGCAUUGAAUCUUGGUCAGGGCCACACUGAGCAGAAGGCACUGAUAAGUGCAUGUACCCAAACCCUUUACAGUAUCUUGCACCAAAAGUAUUUGGUCAUAUGUCAAUCAGUGUCAUCUCAUAGAGGGUGUUUGGGGUUGCCCAAAUAUUAUUUUUUGUAAUGGUCAUAUAACUGUUUUGAUUGGAGAAAAUUAGUGUUGACCUUGAAAGCUAUAGCCAUCCAAUCAUGGAUAUGCUUGUUUGGGAGGUUCAAGGACAGACUUUGAUUGGUUGAGCUUUAUUUUGAUCUUCCAGAGCAACAAAGAACUAAAACUUGUAACCAACUUCAGUAAUUCAGUAUGCCCACACACUUUUCUUUACCCUCACCCCCAUAGACUGCAUAACACUGUGAUAAAUCAUAGAAUCAUAGAAGUGCAAAUUUUCUGCAGUUGUAUUGAUAUUCAAAAUGUUACAUAUUGCUGGUGCUAAUAGACCUCCAUGAAUAGUUUAUGGUCCUUGGAAUACAAGCAUCCUUGGAAUACAAUUUUGUAGAGAAUGAAAAUAAAAAUGUUGGAGACUUCUAUGCCAUUGUUUGGCUGGGAAACAUGUACAGUAUCUCCCUCUAGUGCCUAGUUCAUAAAUAACAGCCCACCAUAAUUCAUUCCCUUAGCUCAAGAGUUACCGUACUGCUGUCUGUAAACUUAAACUAAUAAACAAAAAAAACACUCAGAAUUGCUUCUGAAAUACUAAUAACAGUAUUUGGUUGAUUAUUUUACCUUAUAGGGUUGUAUUCAACACCAGUCAAAGUAUACCCAUUGAAAUCAAUGGAUAAGACUAACCUAAGUUCCUGCCAUCCUAGCAGUUUGAAAGCACACCAAGAAAAGUGCAAGUAGAUAAAUAGGUAUCCCUUACCUAUCCGGCAGGAAGGUAAACGGCAUUUCCGUGCACUUCUCUGGUUUUAGUGUUCCGUUGCGCCAGAAGCGGCUUAAUCAUGUUGGCCAUAUGACCCGGAAAAACUGCCUGUAGACAAACACCGGCUCCCUCAGCGUGUAAAGCAAGAUGAGCACCACAACCCCAGAGUCAUCUGCAACUGGACUUAAUUGUCAGGGGUCCUUUACCUUUUAAGGUUCAUUUAGUUCAGUGGGUCUACUCUGUAGAACUUAGGAUACAAACCACAGUUGUGAAAUGUGAUACUUCAGAUAAAAGUGCAAGAAUAAAAGCAGUUGCAAUUUUUCAUAUGCUUACACGUAUUUUAAAGUUCUACUUGCAUCUCUCAUUUAAAUAUGUUGCUGCAUGUUCUUCAGUGCAAAACAAAAGUAACAACUGAUAACCCAAUUUAAUUGCAGUUACCGUAGGCAGUUACUGAGCCUAGUGGUAUUGGGGGGGAGCCUUAACUUGCCCGCACUGAAAUGCAUUCUUUUAUUAUUAAACUUUUGGGGUGGAAAAGAGGCAUUCUUGCUUCAGAGUUAAUAGGGAAUUUGAACAUCCAGGUGCAGUAGGAAUUAAAAACAGAAACGGAAUGGGCAGUGAUGGAAGAUCACUUUAGAGACAAUAAAGUAAUUGUGUAGAAAGCAAAUGUUACUACUACGGUUAUUGACAUUUUUAUUCACUUUUCAGUCCACAAGAGUUCCCAGAGUGGUGUACAAAUUUCAGUGAGGACACUCCCUGCUCUCAGGCUCAAUAUUUAUGGGACAAAAGAAAAAGAGACUGGGAGGGAGUAAGAAAAAGCAAGUUACAGUUUUAAUAACAGUUUCUGCAAUUCAUUAUUGAUUCAGGUUGAAGACAAAAUAGAAAAGGAACCAAAGAUGGAAGUGAUACAGAAAAACAGAACGUCAAAUACCAAGGGUAUAUUUUUGCCAGAUCAAAGUCGUUUGAAAAAAUUUACCAUUCCUAAAAGAGCUCCUGAUAAAGGUACAGUAGACAAAUAACAAAAUACUCAUUUUUGAUCAUGUGUUAUAGAUCUGUCAUAAUUUAAUAAGCAAAGAAACAAUGUGAUAUGUGAUAAAAAUUGUGUCAUUUUCAAACAGUUCAUGUCAUUGUACUUCAGAAAUGUAUACUUUCCCAAGUCAGUUGUAUCCUGACAGUUUCUGAUGUUUAUAAUAGGAAUUGACACUACCUGUGCCUUUUCGUGUCUCCUCUCUUCUGAAGAGUUUUCCCAUAUGAUUGGCUGUGGUAGCAUCCCUGUCAGGAGGAAGUAAAGUUAUUGGUUCCACAGGACAGAGCUUUCUGCCAUAGCACCAACGUUAUGGAUUGUUAUCCCUAAAAUGAGUUGCUUGACCUUGUCACUACAGUUCUAGUCAACAAAUCCAAACCUUUUUAUUGUGCCAGGCCUUCAAAUUUUAGGUUUAGCUUUUACCUGUGCUGGAUUUAUCCUUGUUUUCAACGUUUUUUUAUUCUAGUUCAUCCCAUCUUCAGCCUUUUUAUUCAAUAAUACUAUUCUGUGAACUCCAACAGAGAUGUACCUUCAUUAUCCAUUAUAAUCUUUCAAUAAAGAUUGAUCGAAUUAUUUGUUUUUGUAAAUUAUUCUGUAUCAGAUUCAAAAUUAAGUCACAUUUGCAAAGAGAAUCUUAAUGGUUUACUUGUGUUUAAGCAUCCUUGCCAGUUGUGGGAAGUGGCAGAUGCUAAUACUAUUAUUAUCAUUAUUAUUAAAUUUAAAUCCUGCCCUUCCUCCCAAGGAGCCUAGGAUGUCAGAUUCUUCUGAGUACAGUAGAACCUCUACUUACCACCGGCUCUACUUGGGCCCAAUCCAUGUUGUGACCGCAGCAAACCCGGAAGUAAAUACCGGGUUUGCUGCGAUUCAUGCACGUGCGGAAGCGGCUUCUGCCGUUUGUGCACACACAGAAGCGGCUGCCGCGCCGCCAUCUGCACAUGCGCAGAAGUGUGCUGCCGCCGAAUGCACCUGCGCACAACGGCGCUUCUACCAGCGACCCAGAUCAACUUACAGACGGACCUCCAGAACUGAUUACGUCCGUAAGUAGAGGUUCCACUGUAGUUCUUCUUGCAAGGAUUCCCACCUUCUGCUUUAUAUAUUGUCCUCCACUAUGAUGUGCCACCACUUCCUGAGUAAUUGUACGGAGAAAAAGGGCUGCUCCCGUUAGGGAUGCACAAACAUGCUUCAAUCUAUUCCAAUAUUUAUCUGCACUUUCAUCUGAUAUUUUCUCUUCCACUGCAGUUGGUUUAUUUUGCACAAGUCUAUGUUCCGUUUUAUCUACUAACGCAGAAACAUGUGUAGCUUUUAUAGAGCACGUAGACAUGCAUGACUCAACCACCAACAGAUAUUUACAAAUUUGUUACCUCUGUGUAUUGCCUUUCAAUUUUAAUUAAUUUCUACAGGGAAUGCCCUGUUAGUCUUUUUCAGCAAAACAACAAAGGGCUUAAAAAUCAAAGUUAAUGAAGUGCCUAAUUGACCAUCAUAAUGCUAUCCAUGGUUGCAAACUUAGUCGCAUUGUAUUCAGAGGGGCUUACUUCCAGGUAAAUGGGGUUAGGAUUGCAGCUGCUCUUACUACCUUGAUUUUGCCAGCCCAGCCACUAUAAACUUGCCAUCCUAUCUCCUUUCCGUCACCCAGGCAUCAGCUACAUUUCAUUUAGUAGUUCAGUUAAAAGUCAAGAAAAUCUGAAGGAUGAGGGAAAGGAAGAUAAUUUUAAAUUUAAUGUCACUUUUAAAGCAGAAAGUUAAGGUGGUCAGUAAUGGGUAGUCAGAGCCAGAUGAUUCUUUCUACUUUGACAAAGGGACCUCUUUCUAUAGGGAAAGAACAGCAUGAAAUGAUGCAUUCAAAUGAGUUUGAAAACUCAUAAAAUGUAGCAGAUAAGGCUAAAUCCUAACCCCAUUUACCUGGCAGUAAGCCUCACUGAAGUUCACUGAGAUUUACUUCUGAGUAAACAUGGUCAUGAUUGUAGUCUUGGUUGUAGCAAAAAAUAAUUAAGAGCAAGAAAAGUAAAGAGGCUCUUGUAUACCUCAAUAAAUAUGCAAAAACUGUAUGAUGCAAAACAAUUGACUUACGUAUUUAUAACAUGUGCAUGUUAAAAAGUUAGUUGUCAAGAACAAAGGUGAAAGCUUUCACAGGAAGACUCCUUGCCACAAUGGGGGGUAUGCAUGAAAAAUGGUUUACAAAGGGACAUGAACCACCUGAAUUUUCUCAAUCUCUACUUGUAUUCUUUCAAAUAAAGGUUGACUUGAAGCCUGCAGCCAAAUUAACUUAAAUCAGUAUGUGAACUUCAUCCCAUAUCCCUGUUUUUGCACCUUUUUGCUUCCUUAGUUUUGCAAGGUCACAAUGCUGCCAUGACAGUAGAAGCCGUAGCUAGCAUAAUCCCUCUGACUAAGCAACCAUAUUCUUUGAACUGUUGACCAGCCUUCCUAUAAUUCCUGUCUGUCUCUCACCCUUCCAUAACACCUGUUCUUAUGCACCGUGAAUUUUCUUCAAAGCUUGCUUUCCGAUUACCAUUCUUGCCUGAGUUUCCUUUCUCUUCCUUUUCUGUUUAUUUUUACCACAUAGAGGGGGACACCAUUCCUAAUAGGGAUGACUCCCCCUACUGGAGAAAGGCAGGGUCUUCAACUUGCAAUGUCGUCUCCAGAGGGACAGUUAGGUCGUCAUGUUUUUGUGUGUGUGGAGAGAAAUGCUUGCUUGAGUGGUUGUUUUCUGUAAAUUGUCCCUUUGUCUAGUCCUUCCUUCAUCAUGUUUGCUAGAUCAUCUGAGUAAGUUUUUUCACUGUUUUUUCCUGGUUGGCUGCCCCCCUUCUUCGUUUCUUUAUUUUAAAGUUUUGUUCUCGCCCUCCACCCUUCCAUCCCACCCUCUCCAACUUGUAUCCCACAGAUUGGUGGAAACACAGACGUAUAUUGAGGGGCCAGGAGAGGAAAUAGGAACCCCGUGGUUUCUUUAUAUCCUAGGACCACUUCUCAGUCCUUUCGCUGCCUCUGUGCAAAUUUUAAUCCAAGCCAAACUGGCAGCUUCCCUUUCCUUACAGAAGCUGGAUUGGAAACUCCUUAGUACCUAAGCAGCAGGAUGCUUCAUGCCACCACACCAGUUCAACCAAGCAGUGUCACGUGUGUCCCUGUAUAACAUAGAUACUACUUUAACUAGCAAUGAAUUAAUUUCCAUGACCUAAUUUAAGCAAGAUUUUCUCUCCUGAGAUUUUUUACUAAACCUUGUAACUUGACAGUAAUCUCUUUGGGAGAUUCCUUUGCCUGUGACCAUCACUGUGUUGCCAAGAAUGUUGCUUAGUAAUCCCCAUGACUGUAAUUCUAAUAGAUUUCUUAAAACUUUUUAUUUAUUUGUGUUUAGGUUUACUAACGGAGUGUUCCAAUAAUCAGAGAGACAGUAAUGAGAUUAAACAACGGCUGAUUCAAAGUUGCCUUGACAAAGAAUGUAACCUUGAGUCUUUGUGGCAGUUCAAUAAGAUAAAAAUGGUUCACAAUAAAGAUCUGGAAGAAGAAUUCGUCGCAAAGAGGUGAAUUGUGCUUAUAUGAAGAGAAAUUAAUCCAUUUUAUUUUAUCAUAUUUGUCUUCCAUCCUUACUCCCAAUAAGUUUAUAUGUGGUGUUUUCUCACUGUAUUCUAAAAACAAUUACAUGAAAAAGAGAGAGAGACUGACUUGCCCAAACCCACGUAGUGAGCUCCUUCAUGGCUGGGGUUUGAACCCAUGUCUUCUCCAUUCCAGAUCCAACACGCUUGUCCAUUACAUGUGCAAAAGCUAUAGGAGCCCUAUCAGAAAAAUCAAACACACAACUAGCUAUCCAUAGUCAUAAUUGAACACAGAUGCUGAAGUUUAGUUCUGGUUUCUCCUAGUCCCAUGGGCUUAGGCAGUUCCUUCUCCAGUCCUGAGCCAUACACAUUGGACUGCGUGAUGUGACUCUCUAGGCCACCUGCUUUCCCUUUUGUUACACCCCCCGCAUCCUGAACCACAUAUGCUAAGCUCCAUUCUGCAGGAAAUACAUGCCCAUUCAUCCUGAAUCAUCCACCUCCUUGAAACUCACAUGGUUCAAUGGGUUGUAAUAACAAGAUUAACAGUAUUACAUUUUUUCAGUUUUAGAGAUAGGCAGCAGCUUUACUCAUCAGACCAGACUCUCUUUCUUGGAUAUAAAACAAUCCAUGGCAUGUAGAAGAGCCAUCAUACUAAAACAGCCAAUUACAAUGUACUAAAGAAAACCAUCAACUAUUAAGCAACCAUCCAUUUGCAAUGUGGUCAGGGCCAGAUUGUUACCUUUUCUUGCAAGUGGGUAUAAAGAAAAUCAAAUACACCAGUAUUAUGAAAUUGCUUAUAAUCUAAAAAAGUGAAGAAGAAUUUAUCUGAAAUGUAUAUAAUUAUUUGGAAAUGUGUAUAAUGUGUUAUUUUUUAUUGCUAGGACUAAGUUGCGUGAAGCAGGAAGGCAAGAUAAAGAAACAUCUAGCUUUUUACUUGUCUCUAACAAGGAAGUCUCAAACAUUUGUCAGAAUGGCCUGCACACUGGUCAUUCCAAGAAAGAACAACUAAAAAUUAUGAAGGAACUUGGAAAUCCUCAACUUGGCAUAUAUUUAUUCAGACACAUUGAUGUUGCUCUGAAUUAUGCAUCCGAACACUCAAUCCCAAUAGAAAAUAUCAUUAUUUUCAGGGUAAGUUUUAUACAGAAAUGGUAAAUGCUAGGCAAGUGUGUAGCAUGAGGAGUCGUUGUUUUGUGUCCGAAUCUUUUAUCCCAAUGAUUAUUUUUUUCUGACUAUAAUGCAUUUUUGUAUGCAGAAGCCAAAUUUAGGUUGCUAGGUAGGAUGCUGAAAGUCGGGACCGUUCUCUGAAAUGCUACUGGCUCCAUGCGCAAGGCCAGCUAGACAGGUGCAGCUUUAUAGUCUCAAUGCGUGGGUCAGACGAUGGUGUUGGGAGGAGCAGUUUGGAUUUGUUAAGCGCUGAGUUUGUUCCAGUCACAACAAAGAGGUAAUUACAGGCCAUCUUCAAACUGAGUGAAAAAGUGGUCCUCAUUCAUAAUCUAACACAGAAAUACCUUCAGAUAAUAGUGGUUAGUAUACCUCAGAUUCAUACACAUUUUUACUAAACUCUUAAGAAUUUAUAUUUUCAUUUCCUUUGCAGGAUUUAAAUACCUUGCACUUGGACAAGUGUUAUGUCUACUCCAGCUAUUAAGUUUUUAUACUGAAGCCUCUAUGGUUGAGUGAUAAGAUCACAUACUGUGUUUUUUUAAAGAAACCCUCCAUCUGAAAUCAGAAUAUAGGAGUGCAUUCUUGAUAUUUGUCUGUGGUGUAUAUUUUAUUUUCAUGUUUGUUAACUCACAGUUCAUUAUUUUACAUUGACUUUUUUUUUAAAAGUUAUAUGCUCUUAAGGGGAGUGGAACUUUUUGCUGUGUUUAAAAAGCACUUUGUUCCAUAUACUUACUUUAUAGGAAAAGAUGUCCAGCUAGGUAACUGAAUGCAAUCAUAUGAGCAUUUUACUGAAAAUAACUCUGUUUUCUUUUAUUUAAUCUGAUAGGUUCUUUUAGGAAAAGUGAAAAAAAUUCAGCCUCCUAAAGGCAAGAAGAAAGUUGCUUUGGAUCCAACUCCAAAAUUUGAUUGCCACAUGUCCAGAGUUCAUCCUUCAGUUAAGGAUUCAUUGGAGGACCAGGCCAUUGGUUCUUUGGUAGGGAAUCCUUAACUUUUGCACAUGCGACCUAAUCAGAUGUCAUAUUUCAUUAUGCUUGUUGUAUUCUUGAAACUUUGUUCUUUUAUUUUUAAUUUUUAUAUUCUAUUAUUAAUUUAUUAUUUUGAGUGCAGAAUACAACUUAAAAACAGUACAACUAUCAGAGGCUGCUGCAAAACUAGAAAACUGUUUUGUAAAAGUUGUAAAACAUGCUGGAACGCCCACCUUAAUAAAGUCUUUGCCCAACACCCAAAAGACAUGUUGACACCAAACUAUCUUCUCUGAAAAGGGCACUCCAUAACUGAGACCCCAUGACAGGGAAGGUCCCCUCUCUGGAGGAGGUCUUCAGAUGAAGAAGGAAUGGUAUUUAUUGUUGCUAUUGGGUUGUGAUGGGAUUUGAAAUGUGAAAAAAACACAGACUCUGACCUGACCAUUUUGCAGCCAUCGAAGUUUUGAAAGCAGACCCACAAAGAGCACAUCAUAGUUUAAGGUGAUAAAAAGCACUCCUGACCACAGUCUGCACUUGCUAGUAUUAACUCUAGAAACACUACCAAUCUGCAAACUUGGUGCUUUAGGGGGAGUGCAUUUCCACCCAUAGCAUGUCUCCCAAACCACAGCGCCCUCAUCUUUGAAGAUUUAAGUAUAAGAUAGCCCUUUUUGCAGGUGGCACAUUGCUUUUUUUAGUGGACCUGCAGAUCUCUAUCCCCAAAUUUAUGACAAUCAUGUAGGUUUGCCUCUGAAGAUGGUUUGGAAACUUUAGCUAGUGCAGAAUUUGAAAGCAGGUUGCUUACCUGAGCAAGAGGGUUUGAGCAUAUUACACCGAUCCUGGUCCAACUGCGCUGGUUUCCAAUUAGUUUCUGGGCCCUAUUCAGAGUGCUGGUUUUGACCUAUAAAGCCUUAAAUGGCCCAGGACCGCAAUACUUCAAGGACCACCUCUUCCCAUAUGAACCUACCCAGACCCUGAGAUCAUCUUUUGAGGUCCUUUUUCAUGUGCCUCCACAAGAGAUCCAGAGGGUGGCAACAUGAGAGCAGGCAUUCUCUCCCCAGCGAGGUUUGCCUAGCACCUUCAUUAUACACCUUUAGGCGCCAGGCAAAAACAAUCCUUUGAUCAGGCCUUUGGUUGAUUGACAUCAUAUGCCUUUUAAAUGUGUUGGGGGGGGUAUUGUGGUGUUCUUGUUUUUAUGCAUUUUGUGGUUUUAUAUUCUAGUUUUAUCCUAGGAGCCAGUAUUAGAAACUGAGUUAUGAAAGCUAGCAGCUAAAUGGCACCUUAAACCUAGGUUACAGGUGCAACAACAGAAUGUCUAGGCACACUUUUUUAUAACAAGAAUACAAAGCUGAAAAUGAAUGAACUGCAGCUAAAAUAUUAUGUUCAUUUUUCACAUGAUCUAGUCCUGUUACUCACCCCCCUAAUAGUCUAAAGAGGGCCUCUUCUCCAGAGAGUAGCUGGAAGUGGAGAGGCAGAAAAAGGGCCUCCUUUCCUUCCACGCUGCAGUUUCAGUCUGACAUCUUGGGCGCAGUACUGCGCCCAGAGCUCAGAAAGUGCUUGCGCUAAUGAAAUUCUCUGUCGCAAAAUGUGCCUAGGACAAUGGGAGUUUCAAACACUGCUGGGAACCGCCCUGAGACCUGUUGGUAUAGAACAGUAUGUAAAUUUAAUAAAUAAAAUAAUAGACUAUUUUGGCCACUUGUACGGAUACAAAGUUAACUAGCUGAAGUUGGGGGCAAUGUCCAUAGGGCAUGGGCCAAUAUUCACCCACCAUACAGACUGGCCGCUGAAGUGGAAAAAGAUGAUGUACUUGGGUCUCCCCAUUUCUAGGUAAAAUUCAGUAUGGAAGAAACACUUGUUAAAAUAUAGGCAGGCCUAGACCUAGAACACUGAGCCAGUCUAACAAUAAUCCUGUGGACAAUAAACAUAAUUAAAAAGAACAUCUGGCCAGACUGGUAUAUGUGCUUAGGGGCCUCCCACUUACCCCCCCCCCCCCCGCACUGGAAAUACUUCAUUCCAACUGAUGUAUUUAAAAAAUUGUGAGCUGCAAACAGACCUCAUCUGGCAUAUACCAAACUACAGCUCCCAAUGACAGACUUAUAAGUAUUAUCUAAUUGCACAAGUUCCAUAAUGGCAACAGGAAGCAGAUUAUGAAAUCCCACAGUAGGCAGAUAGAACUAGAUUUAGUCAGCUAAACAGCUGGGCAGCACUAGACUCUAAGCAACUGGGAAACUCUGCAACAUAAACUCCCAUCAUAGCUGCUAUCGCACAAGCCUGGCUGGCAAUAGCAAACCAAAUGCACUUUGGCCCAUUUGCCCAUCUUGCCAUCAGACGCAGUCCACAUAUAACAGCCAAAAAUCUUGACUUAAGAAAAGCAUGGGCAGAGUGAGUAUCUCUCUCAGAACAUACAUAAUUUUUUUUGUAUGGCGUCUUUUCACAGUUCAAGUCCAUGCUCCAGGCAAUGGGGGACUCUAACUCAAAACCCUGAGAUUUAGUGUCUCGUACUCUACCAACUGAGCUAACAUCAGAAAAUGCACAACUAAGUGGAACAACUUCCACAUAAAUCACAAGAUCUAAAGUAAAGAUAAUAUAAUAAAGAUAAUAAAAUAUAUGAGCAAAAUUUGGCCCAGAUGUCCUGAGUGCAGCAGACACACCAGAUCUCUUGCAAACACCACAUACCAUCACCUCAGGAAAACUCAGUAAGUCCCUAUACACAUUAGUAUGUAAUACACUAAGGCCAAUUAGACAUAACUGCACAGUGGGGAAAAGACCUGUGUUGUAUCAAAUCAGGUACCCAUGACAUUAGACUUAGAAAAUAUUCCUCCAGGCUUACAGGACAUCAACACAUCUUGGAUGCAUGGACCUAACAUCCACAGAUCAUUGCUGUUGAUGUAAAUCAUGGGUAGGCAAACUAAGGCCCGGAUCCGGCCCAAUCACCUUCUAAAUCUGGCCCACAGAUGGUCCACAUGAGUAGAAUAUGUCCUUUUAUUUCAAAUGCAUCUCUGCCCUGUAAUCAAACCCUUUGGGGCAGAAGUACAGACUAGAAUUAACUUGGUUCCGGACAAAUCCCUGUUACAUAGGAGGCACCAACAUAAUAAUUGGCUACAUACCUGCCAGGAAGGCAGGUUUCAUUGAGCCAUGCUCACAGCAAAAUGAAUAACCCUCCCAACAUUGAAAGCCCAAGUCACACCAGGCACAGAGAACUGGAUACAAGACCUACACAAGAGAAAAUUCUCUUCUAAGAGAUUUGGAGGACCAUUUGAGAACUUUUCACCAAGUAGUACCUAUAGCCAGAAGAAGUGGGAGACAUAACAAAGAGAUGGAAACUUGUCCAGUUCAACAGUUCAUAAUCUGGGACUCAGAGCAUUGACAUCCGUUUAUCGCCACCUUUAUCUGAGCACAUGAGCCUGAACAGUGAAUAACUUGCCAAACAACCAAACACCAGAAAUUAAAAAGUCGUAAAAAGAAUAACGAAGGGGUGUGUGUGUGUUUGUAACUGAAAUCCAAUGUGCAAAUACCAGAAUGGAAGGGGAUGAGUUUGGGCCAGGCCAUCAUCUCUCACGGGAUGUGGAUGUCUGCAUAUGGCUAAAGAGUUUUGUGUGAUGAUUGUAACAGCUUGGGGGUUGAUUUCAUUCUAACCAGCUUGCUUUUACAAUAGCUUUUCAUGAUUUUGGUAGCAAUUGCUUUAUAGCAGGGAUGUCCAACCAGUAGAUUGCGGGAUCCUUUUCGUGUACAAAAAGUUACAAGGGGGGUGUCGGGGAACUGCCAUCGGAGCCAGGGGGAGAGGGAGGGCUCCAGAGGGAUUCCGAAGAGCGUCCCGGGAGGGAGAGAAGCAGCACAUCUUCUGGGGAAGGAAAUCAGCGUAGCACCAGUGGAGAAGGGGGGCAGAUGGGGGAAUCGGCGAGGUGGCUCCAUGACCAGCAGGGAGAGCACGGGUCCUCCGCUGCCCGCACCCUCCCUGCGCAGAAGGCUUCCGCGCAGGGAGAGUAGGCGGAGACUAGGCGUCAAAGAACUUCUUUGCUGGAAGAAGUUCAAGGAACGGCCACUGACGGAUUCUGCCAGCGAUUGAGACAGCCACGGGUGAGUGGCUGUCCGGACAGAAAAGGUUCACUCAGGCAACCCAGCCAGGUGUGGCGCCGAUUUACGCACGAGCAACCCCUAGAACCAUUACAGGGGGGAAAGCUUAUAAACUCUGUGCAACCCUCUUCCCAAAAAGCUCAACAACUCUGGGCAAUCCACCCAUCCUCCCUCCAAUGACAGUGGGUAGAUCACUGCCAGUUUUUUUUAUAUACUGGGAAUAGAUUGCAGUCUCUUGGGAGUUGGACAUGCCUGCUUUAUAGUUUUGAAUUCAUACAGACAGGGAUAAUGCUUCUGUAAUUUAUUUAGUCGGACUCCUUUGUGGUGCUAGGUGCACACAGCCCUCUUGCUUCUGGCAGGACUGACAACUGGGAUGGGGGCAGUUCAGGAAACUGCUGCGGGAAGCAGGAUGACUUACUAUUUUGAUUACUAUAAUGCAUUGUAUAUGGGACUGCCUUUGAAGGUGGUUCAGAAGUUUCAGUUGCUGCAGAAUAUGUUCCUUUUAGUAUUAGAGCAUUACAAGCACAUGACAGUACUGUUCUCAUCUUUACUGGCUACUAUUCUGUUUCAUUUACCCAUUCAAAGUGCUGGUUAUGACCAUUUAAGCCUGUCAAGGCUUGAGAACUUGGUAUCUGAAGAAUCAGCUCUUCACCUAUGUGCUAACUAAAGGCUCUGGUGCAGAGUGCAUUGCAAGCCCUACCUUUAUAACCCCAGAGCGGACCUGACUGGGCCAAACCUUCACUCAGGUCAACUUGGGAGCCUGGAAGCCCAGUUUUAUUGCUGAUAGGCUCCUGAGUUCUUGCGGGAAUUUUGGCACAGGAAGACAGAGUUAUGUCUUCUGUGUUAGAGGCCGGAAAUGUUGGCUGUGCAGCUGAGCUGCAAAGACUGCUCUCAGUAAGAUAGGGAACAGGUGUAUAUAUAAAUAAAAAAAUUAAAUAAAAAAAAUUUACCCUUUUCAGAGUUUAAGGCAGCUUAUAAUCAAAUAUUGAAAUUGCAAUAAAAUAACUAGUAAUUCAAGCUCUUCCAUUAAAUAUUUGAAUGUUUCCAUAAUAACUAUAGUGUUCGAUUUUAGAUUUUUUUCUUUAAUUUUAGUUUUGUAUUAUGUUAUAAAUGGAAGGAGAGAUUUUUUUUAAGUAGUGGAUGUUUUACAAGUCAAUUUUGCUGAAAUAUGACCAAAACCUAAAGUUAUUUUAGCAGACUUUGUCUAGGAUGCAAUUUUACUAAUCCUGCAAGUAAUAUUCUUGUGAUAUUUUUCAUAUUUGCAGAUAUAUUUUUAUGAAUACAAUGAACAUUCAAAACCAGUGGACAAGCCUAGGCAGUGCCUUCCAUAUGCAGUAAUAGAACUAAAACGCAUUAAUCAGAAAAAUGCAACUGUCUCUGCUUCAACACCUUUGCAGUGCAGACCUCAAAAAUUGCCUAAGCAUGUGGGUAAGCUGAUUUUAUAAAUGUGUAUUUCAUAUUCUUAAAUUAAUACACAUGCCUGUUUCCGCCCCCUCCCAUUUUGUAUGACCCUAACCCUAACCAUGCUUUGUUCAGCCACUCUAGAUGCUUCCCUAUGCUACAGUGGCACUGGGCUUUGCUCACCUGUGAAACAUCUCUUGUUUGUUUGUUUGUUUGUUUGUUAUUACCCUAAGGUCCCUGGGCAGGUUACAGCAUUAAAAUACAAUAUUGAAAACAAUUCAAAACAGCUUAUAGCCAAUAAGAUGGGCCCUGAAAACAUACAUAUUUCGAGUGUCAAAAGCAAGGGUCUUCCGAAUUCUCCGAAACCAGAUGCACCUCCGUGGGGAGGGAAUUCCACAGCUUAGGGCCCACUACAGAUAAUGCCCUCUACUGGCCUACCCCGACCCUGAGUCUUUGACAAACCAUGGGUUAAUGUGAAUGCAGCUGUUUCCUCAAGUCUUUGUCUAUUUAGAUUGCCUUUUUUUUCUUGUGUCCUUCAGCUAUUCUGUUUCUCUACCAAUUCCCCCUGCCUGCCUAGCACUGUACUCUUGUCUGUCGUCUCGCCUCUCUUUCUGGCAACAAGGUUUAGCUUUUUCUGUCCUUAGAUCUAGAGUAGUCUUCAAAAUAAAAUUAAAAAUCCCCUUUUAUUGCUUUCACCUGUCUUCUCUUGCAAUUCUUUCCUUUAGGCAGCAAUCCUAAACUUAUUUGGGAGGAAUUCCUAUUGAAGCCAUUGGAACUUACUUCUGAGUAAACAUACACACACACCUUAUUUUUGCCUCCUGGUAUUCCUCCCUGUUUAUGAUCCUGCUGCCUAUUCCAGCCGAGGGAAACUUCUGGCAUAAUUAGGCUUGUCAGGCCUCCCCAGUUGGCUUACAACACUGCUUUGGACAGGCCACACCCACCCGUCGCUAAACUGAUGUAUGUUGCCACGCAUGGCACUGGUAAAGCCAUGGCAGCAAGUGCUCCCAGUUGUGCCUUUGCAACCACAGCUUGAAUUUGAUGUUGUAUAAAUCUCUGGUGAAAGCAGCAUGACUUGCAUAUGGUGCCAAAUUAAAAAGGCAGAAUGCAGGCCAUGGCUACAGAUGAAUCAUUGUGAGUGCACUCUUAAGUCAUUUACUCCAGUUGUUCCUUUCCCAUGCCUGAACUCAGAUGCUCUCUAGCUUUUCUCCCCUUCUUCUCUUCCCGUCUACUCUCCUUGUCCGUGUAGCUGUUCCUUCCUUAAAGUCGGUCUACGCAAAGUUAUUUUCCAUCCAGACUGACCUUUAUCCUCACAGAAUGUUGUGAAUGUUCACUUUGUUCUUUUUAAAAAGAAGAUUAAUGGUUUGUUGAAGUGUUAGGCACAUCAAUUUGUCAAGUUUCAGUUGCUCAGUAGCCAAUACUUCGCAACUGUUCUUUGAUGUCAUAGGAAGCAUCACUCCCAGAACUGCCACAUUUUAACCUGAAGAUACUGCACAUAGUUUGGUCAAAAAUACCUUCACAACCCUAUACUUUAAUCUGUUUCCUUGUAUUUACAGGAAGAGGAAGAAGACUACCACUGGAAAACUGUACACGAGUGACAAGGAUAGGCAAAAGCCAACUCAUCUAUGAACAUUUCAGAAAGCCCACGAUAGGCUGUGCAGUAAACUCAGAAAAUAAUGCAUCUCCUUCAUUUUCUGGAGGCCUACAGAACUGGAACAGCUCUAUAGUUGAAACCCAAAUGAAGCCCAAAUCUACUGGAAGGUGGGAUUCCCCACAUAAAGAAACAAAGGAAAUUAAUCUUCAUUGUUCCCCUGAUCUGGAUGUCAGCAGAAAUGUUAAAAGUGCCCAUAUUAAAAACUCUUCUUUGAAAACUCAUCCUGAAGUUUCUCCUGCCUGUGAUACCGGCUCAAGUACUGUAAUUACUUCAAAACUGAUUAAGGAUCCAAGGUUAAAAAAAAGGGAACAAGUCCUAGAGAAGCAAAAUGGAGAAGCAAUCUUGGAGAAGCAAUCUUCACAGUGUGAGAAUGAGCUGGACUAUAACUUGGAAAUGAAAGUAUCUGCUACUCUAAGCAUGCCAUAUCCUGUAACUGAGAAUUUUCUUCUUAACUCCAAGAAUGCAGUUGGUCAGAAGCAAUAUAUGGAGAAAACAUAUUGGGAAGAAAAUUUGGAAGGGACUAUAUUGCCAUCUGUGUUAAACAGAAAUAAAGAUUCCCCAGUGAAUGGUGAGCAAGGGUUAAGUAAUGUCAACAAAAACAUUUUGGGUUCUCAGAAUACUGAUACAGAUCACUGUUUGAAAACCUAUGUAGGUGAUAGUUCUUUAAAAUCAAAGGUCUGCAAAACUGAUAAUUCAGACAGAACCCUUAUGGAAGAUGUAAGAGGAGAAAAAGGAACAAGACAUUCAAAAUUGCCCUCUUUAGACCUAAAUCCUUCUAAAACAUUGAUUAAUGAAUGGACAUUUCCAGACCAAAAUCCAGAAAGUGCAGCAUUUGGCAAUUAUAAGAUGGAUAAUAGAGGAGAAAUGGAGAGCCAAUUACAAGAAGAUGAUGCUUACAUUUCUGAAAUGCAUUGCUCAACCAAUUUGGAUACAAAAUGUGCUCAAAACAAUUUUACUUCAUCAGAGGAAGAACAGAAUGAUAGUGCUAACAGUUGUAGUCUCCAAGAUUACACAUUACAGUCUGAAGUUUGUAAAAAACUGCAUAUUUCUGAAAAUGUCAUGGGAGAAGUCUGGGAUGAAGAUCUCAGUGAGCAGUCUAUAGAGAAUCAAAUGGAUGCAGAGAAUUUUGAACAAAAUGGGUGCCAUGCGGUGAUAGAAUUUGAAAAAUUCAAUAAGAUUGAAGCACCUGUAAUCAUUAAUAAACCAAUAUAUACAGCAUGUGAAGUAGCAAACAGCUCAGUAGGUGAAAAAGACUGCUGUACUAUAGAGAAAGUAAAGGAUAAUUCUAUCGGAGAGAGAAUCGUGCAUCAAUCCCCAGCUUCCUGUGGAAGUGACACAGUAAUGAGAAAUUUUAAUGGAAAUAGUGUGUGUCUUCCUGAGUCAGUUUCAUUGGAUAAAAAUAUUUUUAGAGAUAGCAAAGAAUGUCUUCUUUCCUCAGGAAUAUUUGUUGAUGAACAAAGGAACUGUAAAACAAACACCACAGCAAAUACCAGUGAUUUUGAUCAAAUUUACACAAGCGAGUUGGAAGAAAAAGGUAAAAGAGAUACCCCUACAAUGCAGAUGCCUUCCUCAACAGAAAGUUCAGCAGAGGAAACAUCAGAAAAAGAAGAUUCUGUCGAGGAGGACUGGAUAAGUGAUAUGAAAUGCUGUAUGGAGACUUCAAUGACGCCUGAAAUUUUGGAUUCAGAAAGCUCAGGUUCUGACUUUAACUUCAGUGGUCAAGGUAGAGGCUCAACAACAGAAGCAAAGCUGAUAAACAAUAGCAAAGAAAAAUGUGAAGACCUGCAUAACCAAGCAUUUCUAACUAAAGGUACAGACAUGGUGACUUAUCAAGAAAAACAUUACACUGCCUCUGUGAUAAGUACCUCUGUUCCUGUACCUUUGGAGAAUAUAAAGGAUAUAGAAUUUAAAAAACUUCAAUCUCAGUCUGAGAUUUCAGGUCUUUCAAGUGCAAAUUUUGAAGAGUUGAACAGUAAUUCCUCUUGUGAAGAUGAUAGUCUAGAAGCAUUUGAACAGGAUUUAGAGGUAAAAUGCAAUGACCAGAACCUGAACAUUGUUAGUGACUUUGAAAAUACAUUAGGAGAGUGUAAAAAAUGUAUCUCUACAUCACAGAAGCCAUGUAAAAAUGGAAACUAUUGGGAGAAAAAGGAUGUGUAUCAUUAUUUACAAGAGCGUAUGGAUUGGGAUAGUCUCUUAGAAAAACCUAGUCGGAGUACAAAGGUUUCUGGAAAGCCCUCUGUGGAAGAGAAUAAAAAUGAUUCGGAAGAAAAAGCUGAAUUGUUUGUAUGUCCUGACCUGCAGAUUACAAUCACCAACAUAAUUCAGCCAAAACUGAAUUCCCCUCAUAGCUCUUUCAGAAUGAAGACAGAUAUGGGGAAAUGUUCAGGACAUAAAAAGGAUAUGAAAUGGUUGCAGGAGAAAAAUACCAAACAUCACAGAAGGAAAGAACAGAACAAUUCAGAAGAGAAGUAUAUAUUUUCUUCAUCGUCCAAGGGACAAGUUGAAACAUUUGUGCAGUCUGAAGAGUAUAUUAAGAGUGUUUUGAAUACUCUUAACACUCAAGCAUUGUUAUGUAAAAACAAACAUCUUUCUCAAAAAAUAGAUGGAGCAAUGUUUCACUUAAGAAAAGCACAUCGAAGGGUUCAGAAAUCUUUAAAAAUAUUAGCAAAAGCUGGAAGGAAAAAAUCAAGUGAAUCAUCAAAAUCAUGUGAAGUCCUACAACGUGGAUCCUCAUCUAGCUGCGUUUCAGAUAUGCCUUGUAGCUGUGAUAACAUGAGAAAUGCAAAACUAACUAAACUUCAAACAGCCUCCGAGAAAUCUAUCUUAGAUACUAUGGAAUUGAAAAGUACAAAGCCAAGCAGUGACAAACACAUUAUGAGCAAUGAGCAGAAGAUUCAUUUAAAUGUCAUCUCUGGAUAUAAUACCCAAGAAAAUGUAAGUACCAGCAUGGUAAGCACAGAGCACGACAUCAGCUCUGAAGUUAAUAGAUGUACAAGCAAAGAUAGUGCAAAACAUUUGAAUACAGCUGUUGAGAAAAAGGAGUCAUGUGUCAAUCGAGAAGACAAAAGAAAAGAUGAAAGGACUUGUGACUCUGAUAUCAAGGCAAGUGCAAUUAAACUUGCCAUGCCAGUUCAAGCGGCAUUAGAAUCUUCUGCAAAAGUGAACAUUUUAAAACCAGAUAAUAUUUCCAUAAGGCUGGAAAAUGUUUUUUCUGAUGAAAAUGAAGCUCUGGAAAUAGCCCCAGCACCGCAAAUAAAGAUAGGUUUGAGUGCCAAAGCUUCAUCCAAUGAUUACGAACUGUCUCCUGUGUCCUUGGAAAACAGCUGUUUUUCAAAUGAACCUUUUAAUAACUGCAGAGACCUCAGUCAUGACAUCAAACAUCCAGAAGUAGGAGUUGAACAAAAAUCCCUUAAUUUUAUCAUUAAAAUAUCAGAGAUCUUGAGAAAGGCAGAUGAAACCACAUCUUUGAAUGUAUUACUUGAACAGCUUAUAUUUUGCAGACGCGUUCUUCCCUCCUUUGUUAGAGCUUUUGAAAAAAAGCAGGAAUGCUCUUCUGAACAUGUCUUGGUUUCGAGGGAGAUACUUGAGAGUACUGAAAGAAAGAUGCAGGCUAUUAAUAAAUUGAAACCUUCUGCUAUAGAAUCCCUGAUUGAACUACAGAUUAUAAUGGAAACCAUUGAAUUCAUUGAAAAUAAGAAGAGACUUAUAGAAGGUGUACCAACCUUCCGAAGCUUGCUUUGGUAUGAUGAUUCACUGUGUAGUGAGUUGUUUGGUGGACAGUCAGGUUACCAACAACAAUCAAAUUUCUAUCCUGCUUUUCAGAGAAGACUAGAAUACAAUGCUCUUAAUGAGUUACAAACCCAUCACAAACAAUUAGUGGAUGCCUUUAAUAACACAAGAUGGGAACAUAAUUCUUACUAUUCCUUCUUGAAGUUGAGGCGAGAAAUAGAGGAAUGUGAACAAGCAAUGAAAAGCAAUUACAAUUUCUCUGAUUUUUUCCUUUCUGUCCCAUAUGUUUGUGGAGCUAACUUUGGAGAUACUCUUGAUGACUUAGAACAUGCAAGAAAAAAUACAGUAGAUUUAAUAAGCAAAUCUAAAACUCCUGGCAUUAAUCUGAGGGCAGAAAAGGAAGAGCAUCUUUGGGUCAUAAUGGAUAUUAUUGCUACAAAGGUAGAAUUCAUAAAAACUUGUGAAGAUGUGAAUAUAAAAGCAUCACUGUUUGGACUUGAGCACAUAUUUUUUGAUGCUGCUAAAAGUCUUGCUUGGACAGAAAAAGUUAAGUUUAUAAAUGGAGAUUUUAAAGGUGAGGAAAGACAAGCAAUCAAAAUAAAUGAAGCUGACCUAUCUAAGCUCUAUGAGACUUAUCAGCUUAUGAUAGAGGAGUUUGGAAGAAGAAACUUCAACGGUGCUGUUGAAGAACAGACUUUCAAGAAAUCUUCAGUGGACUCUAGUAAUUGUGAAAUGGCAAGCAAGCAACAAGAGGCAAAUUAUUGUAUUACAAAGUCCCUUAUUGUACGCCAGGAUAUUGGUUGUAUUGGUGAAAUAUUAGGUGAAGCGCAGUCUUCAGAUACUGAGAGAUUACAACAGCUCUUGUGCAGAUGUACAGAGCAUAUGGAAAUGUUGAAACAGUAUUUUCAGAUUUUACAGGAAGAGAGUAACAGUGUUUUGAUCACAAAAGAAAAUGUGCUGGGAUUCUUGAAAAAUGGUGGCAUAAAUCCUGUCAUUUUGAAACCAGAAGCUGUUGAGGUGUAUGCUGAAAUGACAAUGGUAUAUGAAACAGUUCUUUUUCUCCAAAACUCAAUAGCAAGAAGAGUAGAUAAACCAAGAUUUCGAAGUUUAUUAUGGUUUGAUACAUCACUUACACCUGAACUUUUAAGAUGUCAAGAAAAAAUGGCUUCCUUCUCUUACCGGAAAGGCAACCUUAUAGAAAUUAUAGACUCUUCCAUCUCUGAACUUCAGAAUGAGUGGAAAGCUAUUCAUGGCUUUUCAAAAAAUUUGAAUUGCUCGUAUGCACUUCAUCUUUUCUCAAGGGAGCUUAAAGAACUUUCAGAAACUAAAAACGUGCUACAAACAUCGAAGUCCUUCAGUUCUAUGUGCGUCAACUUGGUACCAUAUACUGUAAGUUUAAACUAUGGAAGUACUGUGUCUGAACUAGAAUACAACUACAAUCAGUUUUCUUCACUUCUUGACAAAUUGAUGAUGUGUGAAAGGAAGGAUUUAGGAAAAAUGGCCCACAUUAUGAAAAUAAUGAAGACUAUUGAGCAUAUGAAGUUUAUCUGUUCUAAACAGGAAAAAUCACCUUUGCCGCUGGUUAUAUAUCAAAUGGUUAAAAACUGGAGAAAAUCUUGCGAGUUGAAAAGACAAGGUCUGGAUACCAUUGAGGAACAUAGCACCAAGCACAGUAUGUGCAGCAGUGGCCCACCAGCUUCCCAGGCCUCAGAUUCCCAGUCUCAACACAAAAGACCUGCCAGUAUUGCUUCAGAAGAUGGUUCCAGUUCAUCUGAUGAGAUGAGUGAUCCCUCGCGUACAAAAAAGAUAAAGGUAAAACCACUUGGCUCAACACUUUUGUUUUUAAAGAACGAUAUAGUGACAACGAUACAUACUUUUAUUUGGUUCUAAAUAUAUUUAAUGUAUUAUUUUUGUUCACAAAUGUGGUGAUAGAAUUCUUCAAAAAUACUGCAAGCAUUACACAUGGCUACUAGUCACAAUGUAUGUAUAUUGCCCAGCAUUUGCAAUAUUGCUUAGAAACACUGCCUCUAAUAUUGGAAACUGUAUUGUGGCGACUAGUGACCGCUUAUGUCUUACUAAGUUUUUUAUGGGAAGAUGGGUAGUAUUAGUGGCAUUCCAGGAACAUUAAGGGCACAUUAAAUUACUGACUAUUUCAAAUAGGGAUGUUGCAAAUAUUCAAACUGAGCUUGCCAAAAAUGUAGGAUUGAUGGGAGCAGGGCUGUCCCAGCCUUCCCCACUGCCCAACACCAAAACUCCUUGUUGGGGCAUGGAAAGGAUGUAGAAAGUGGCAAACAAUCCUCAGGUCCUGCAGGAUUAUCUUUUCCCACAAAGGACUGGGACUACUGCAGUCUCAUUCCUCAUGAGAAAAGAUGUUAUGCUAAGGUAUCAAAAGUGCCCUCUGCUGCCUGCCUGCUUUCCAUGUUCAGCCCAACCCAAGGUAUAUUAUUAGACACCUGGAAUGAUGCAAAUCAUCCUUUGUAUCUUUCUGAGUACAUUCCAGGUCUUUGUGAGGAUUUAAAUAGAACAGUCUCAAAGAGGUCAAGCCUUUGGAAACAUUUAGUCUGAAUCUGUCUAAAAGUAAUCCAUAAACAUCAUCAUCAUCAUCAUCAUAGGCCAUGGCAUCAUUCAGAAAAUAACAAAAGGAAAAACAGCAAUAACCAUAAAAAGAAAAAGUAAUCACAUAGUGAAUGAGUUUUGGUCUAGGCUCACCUGGAUAGUAGAAGUGUGCAUGGACACGAAAGCUCAUACCAGUAACAAACUUGGUCACUAAGGUACUACUGGAAGGAUCUUUUUUAUCUGGUUGGUAGAGCAUUGGAUCAGUGUUGUGUAAGGCCACCAUAAGGAACAUUAUUACGGUUUUGUAAAACCAAAUAAGAAAAUAAUCUGGUGUUACAAACUAGCCCACAUACUAUUGCAGUUAUGGAGGUUUGAAGAGGUUUCCCCCCCAAUAAUAAUCCUCCUGCCUUUAAUUGUAUGAUUAAUAUACAAUUAAACGCUUGUAUCUGAAGAUUCUAUUAAGAAGGGAAAUGUUUUUCCUCCCCCCUUGUUAAAGAUUUUCUUGGGUUAUAAAAGUACAUGCAUCUCUAUUUUCAGAUCAUAAAGUCCUUUUUCGGAUCAGUUACAUUCGAUGUGAGAAAUUGAUGUUGUAUAUAGUAUAAGGUGGGGGGAGUAGGGGGUUAGUAAACUUUACUUCUUUUACAUAGUGUAUGUGCAAGGCUAAGAAGGAAAAUAUAUGCACAACUGGAAUUAGCAAGGAAAUUUACAUCAGUGGUACCAUUACUUCUAAUUAAGAAGUUUUGUUUUGCAGAACUGAAAUAGAGAAUAUAAUAAUUUAUUUGUUUGUUUCAUAAAAAUAAUACACCACUUGUAGAAAGAAGAAAACAACCCUCAAAGUGAUUUGUAAAAUCAAUAACUGUGUUUCCCAGACUUGGGUCUCCAGCGGUUUUUGGACUACAAAUCCCAUCAUCCCUAUUUAGCAGAGCCAGUGGUAAGGAAUGAUGGGAACAGAGUCUCAUGAUCCAAUCUGAAGUCUUGUCCAACAGCACAAAACGCUUUCCCAUUGUUUUUACAAUUUUAUAGAACUUACAGAAAAGUGUUAAAAGAAUUAAUGUGCAUAAUACACUUACAUCGGUUUGUUUUCCUAUUUUAAUUUAUUAGAUUGCUGAUUCACUGAUGACAACCACAGAAAAGAUAAACGAAGAUGAAAAUAGCAGGAAUUUAAGGUAUAAAUAGUAAAACAGUAACAAAAUACCAGUGCCUAGUGGACCUAUUUGAAACGUGUUACUUCCAUAACUUUUCAUACAAAUUUUGUGGAUCAGGCCCUUCUUAGUGUUAGAACUUUAUUUAGAGGAUUUCUGUCGCACCGUUCAACCAAAAAGGCUCCCAGGCCUUUCAUGCUAUCAGCUGGAACUAUAUCGCGUAUGUUUGUAAUCACCACUUGCAACGACAGCUUUCUAAGCCAUCAAUAUAUGGAACUCUGGAAAUUAUCCUUUAUAUUAUAUUGCUAGAUUGUUUAAUUCCAUCUGUCUACCUUAUUUCUAUGAGUUAUACUUUUUAUGUUUAGAUUAUUUUAUUUUUUAUUCUGUUUUGGUUUGUACUUGUAUUUUGAAAACCCAAUAAAAAACUACUUAUUUAUUGAAUUUAUAAACCGCCCUAUAUCCGAAGGUCUCAGGGCACUUCACAGAACAAAACCAGAAUAUAAAACCACAAAAUAUAUAAUCAAAAUAAAAGCAACAACCCAAUAAGCGCCCCCCAAACCUCACCUUUUAAAAGGGCAUAGGAUUUUAAAAUGAUUUUAAAAAACAAAAUGCCACCGGAAAGGCAACCAGGGUGGCUUUCAUAGAAACAAUUAAACUAAGACAGUUAUUGUCCCCAGGCUUAAAAUCUAAAAGAACAACCACAAAAGGAAAGUGGGAUAGGUAGGAGGAGGGGGUGAAGGGAAGCAAACUCAGAUACUGCACCUUAAAGUUAAAUAGUACUUUUUUAAAAAUAAAAAGCAGCUGGGAUGGAAACAGUUCAGGGACAGGUCUUUCAGAGGUGAGGGAAAGUCCCUGUUUCUCAUCUCUCCUACUGUGGCAGGGUACUGUAAUGGCUGAUUCUAGAAGACAGUAUUUGGCAUAUAAUGUGCACAUAUCUAAAAAGACUUCUAAUUAAUGUUGUUUGAUACACAUUUAGAACAGAAUGUAAGCAGAGAGGUGGACAUGAAAUGCCGAUGAGUAUAGACAGUGGUAAUUAAAUUAUUAACAGUGGCAAUUCACAAAAAUAGUUGUGUUGCUGAUAUGACAUCCUGGCAUUGGAAAGCCAAUUAAUGCAUGCCUUGCAGACAGCACAUGUACGUACUGUCUCCCCACAUGAACCCUGUGCCAUCACAGAUUUGUUUCAAAGGGUUGAGGGAAAUGCCAGAACAGAUUUAGGGGGUACACACUGAGAGAAAAGAAAGUUCCUUUGCACAGUAAAAAGUCUUGCAUUGAUAGAACAAAUGGGUUGAUUUCUCCCUGCAUUUUUGAUGUGCCAUAUUUUUUUUAGCCAGCUGCUGAAGUAGCCUUUCACGUGAAAUUCCUUGUGGACCUUGGUUAAAAUAAACUCCAUUAUCCACCUUUAUACAGCCAAGUUGUUCAUUUGAAUAUCAUCAGAUAGAUCUGGUCAAGAAACAGCCUCCCUUGUUCUUUAAAAGUCAUCUCUUCAUAAAACGUAACCUGAGAAAACAUUAUUUAUCUCUGAGGAUUCAUGUGUUUUUCUUGAAAGAAAUUUUGUUCUUGAACAAUCAGAUAGAUAACUUGAAUUUUAAGCAAAAUAUUCACAUUUUUGUUUCUGUUCUCCUAUUACAUGAUUUGUGUGCUCUUGUGUGGAAGAAACUUGUGUUGUCUGUGGGAAGGUCUGCUGAACAGUAUUAGAUCCUCACGAAAUCUAAAGUUGAUGAAACAUACUUUUGAGAGGUCUUUAGCCUGUCUUGUUUUUGCUUUUUACUUCUAUAAAUUCCAUCUAUUAAAUGCCUUUUAAAACGUUUCCCUUAUUUGGAGGUAGACAUUCCCUACACCCUUUGAGGGAUUAAGAUUGCUCAUUUGGGCAGUGGACAUAACAUUUGAAUAUUCUGCCCACAUAGGCCAAUAAGUUUCUCUCACGUACACCUUGAGUAAAUUGUUCAGGGUCAUUAAAAAGAGAUUGUGAAGAGCUCCAAAAAGCCCCCUCCAAACUGAGUGAAAGAUCAGUAAAAUUGCAAAUGCAAUUGAAUGUAAACAAUUGUAAAGCGAUAGAUGUUGGGGGGACGACCCUUUAUUUCACAUUUACACUGGCAGUGACAAAUCAGGAACAAGAACUUGAGGUUGACACAGUAUGUAGCAGCAGCAAAAAAGUUAAAUUCUAUGAUAGGGAUCAUUAAGAAAGGAAUUAAAACUGCUGAUAAUGUUAUAUGAUACAUGAUAUGAUAUGAUGUGAUGUGAUGUGAUUAUACAAAUCUGGUGUGACCACUUUUGGAGUACUGUGUACUGUUCUGUUCUGUUCUGUUCUGUUCUGGUCACCUCACCUCACCUCAAAAAGCAUAUUGUAGAGUUGGGGAAGGUUCAGAAAAGUGCAACCCAAAUCACCAAAGGGAUGGAGCAACUCCCCUAUGAAGAAAGGCUGCAGUAUUUGGGGCUUUUUAGUUUGAGAAAAGGGGAGUAAGAGGUUAUACGAUGGAAGUUUUAAAAAUUACGGCAUGGAGAAAUUGGAUAGAGAAAAGUUUUUCAGUCUUGUACACAACACUAGAAUUCAUGGAUAUCUUAUGAAGCUCUGUGUUUGAAAAUUCAGGACAGAUCAAAGACAUUUAUUCUCUAUGUAGUAUGUUCACUCCCACAGGAGGCAGUGAUGGCUACUAGAUUGUUUGGUUUUAAAAGGGAAUCAGACAAAUUCAUGGAGAAGAGGGCUAUGAAAGGCUACUAGCCAUGAUAGCUUUGCCUCCACAGUUGGAGGCACCAAUCCUCCUGAGUACCAGUUGCUGGAAACCACAGGAGGGGAGAGUGCUUUUAUGCUCAAAUCUUACUUGCUGGUUUCCCACAGACUUCUAAUUGGCCACUGUGUGCAUAGGAUGCUGGACUAGAUUGGCCAUUGGUUUGAGCCAGCUGGCUUUUCCAUGUUUUUAUCAAGCUAACACACGUUUUUAUUUGAUUAUGAUAACCCAUGCCCGGAUCAUUUGAUGAAUCUAGUAACCCACAAGAUUAGCUUUUCUUUUCCAUUAUUCACACUUAAGACAGCUGGAGAAUAGUGAUGCUGUGUUUCCACCUUGAAAUGUUAGUUUUGAAACAAAAUAUAUUACAAGAUUAUACAAAUAGGGACCAAGCAAAUGUUUAGAAAUAAAUACAUAAACAAUAUAUGUUUUUGUGCAUUGAAUAAAUUCAGAUCAGGUCCGAAUUCUAAUAGAACAUUGAUAUUCUUGUUUUUCAAAAAUCACACAAAAAAGUUUGAUUUUUGUUUUGCAGAGUGAGUGGAAAAUAUAAUUUCCCCAAAGAGAAAGAACUACAGUUAAGCAUUUCAACAGACAAUAUGUGGAAUAAAAAACCUGGCAAUUUGAGAGAGACAGCACCAAUCUCACCUGCACAGUUAAAAGAUUUGAAAGUUGCUUAUCCCUGUGAAAGCAUUCAAUCUUCACCAAAUGACUCAGAACCAAAGUUCAUUUGUUCAAACACAUUAGCUGGUCAGCAGAAUCUAGCAGAUCUAAAAGAUUUCAACAAGAGCGGCUGGAAUGCAAAAGACCAUGACCAAGAAUAUAUUGCAUCCCACAAUGAGGGAGGUGAAAGUCUUUCUUUACAUUCAGUGACAGUUGAGUUAUUACAACAAUCUCCUGAAAACUCUCCUACUAGAGAUGAUGCUAAUUCUGUGUUGGGUACGCUAAAUGAGCACCAUAACUUAAAAUCAGAUGUCCUGAGAGAUGCUUCACAUUUAAUGCCUGAAUGUAGCACAGCUUUGAGUUCACCUCUAAAAUCUGAUCGAAACGAAGGGGAAUGUGGACAGGAAAAAAAUGUGACCCCCAACUGCACAACCCCAUAUAAUUUAGAUUCCACAGUGAUGACAGAACUAAAUAAAGCCAUGGAAUUGGAGCAUUUGCAGAUGGAACCAUCGUACAGUGAAAAUAACAAAACUAAAUUUUCACCUGUAAAUCAAAAUGAACAUAUUGAGGAAACCUCUCGGUUGCAGAGUUCUCCUGUGCAUAUUUAUGGUGCAGUUUAUCCUUAUUAUUCUUGGUACUUAUAUCAAAAUCAUUGCAAUACUCACUCAGUAACUCAGACAUACCAGGAAUUAAAUUCCUGUGAAAUGAAUCCCCUGACACAUAGCAUGUCCACAACUACAAGCAUAAUGUAUAACACAGAGUCUAGUAUGUUUUGUUCACAGACUUUUAGUCAUUUCAGUGUUGGAGAAUCACAAAGGUUUAACUUAGCCCAAACCUAUCCAAUGUAUGGUUAUUUCAGUUCCGCCGUGGCCUUUCCAUAUAGCAAUUGGCAACAGCCAUCAUGGUAUACAGAAAAUCAGCCUUGGACCCAAGUUGCUUUUCCGUAUCCUUCCAAUAACGGCUCAGAAGAUUAUGUAGGAACUACAUAAUAGGAACUACAUACAUACAGUAGGAACUAAAGCAAUUUUUAAAAUGAGCGUGUGUGUUUUUUUAAAGUGAUAUUUAGUUGCCCACUAGUAUGUGUGUAGUAAAAAUCUAGUAAGAUCAACAUGAGACAUUUGACAUGAGUCAGAUGCUUAAAAUACCUUUUUGUGAAUCAACAACCAUGUCCAGCAAGUAAUAUGGAGCCAGUGCAAUGCAUGCAUGGUUCUGGGGGGCAUUUCCCAUGUGAACCAGCCCUUGGAGGCAUGUUGAACACCAUAGCUGUUAUUUUAUCGUAUUCUUUUAGCUUUCAUUCCUUUAAAAGCAGUCCUGAACUAGACCUUGGACUAAUGUAUCCUAGGAGAGUGGUUUAAGAAUUUUUUUAAAGCCCUGAAGGAAAUAAACUUUAUUUGAAAGUU